AGACCCACAUUUCGAGUUUAUCUAUUUAUUUCCCUGUAUGUGGACGAAGAUACCGCAUUUUAAUACUGUUUUGUGAAAGACCAUCGACCAAAAUAUAAAGGAGUAUGUGUCAAUCCACCCCGAUUUGGCAAAGACGAGCGAUUUAGACCGUUCUGAGGCUUUUUUUCCCCUACGAUUCUCCGUCAUUACCACAGAUGGCAAAGUUGUGAAUGUUAGACGAAACGCAUCUAUGUUUCCCUUUAGGUAAUACAAAUGUCAAAAGGAAAUGAAUAGGCAUUUGAACAGUAACAUCACGUCCGGACCUUGUUUAUCGCUAUUUUGCCACUAAACUAGCACGCCAUUACCCUCUGAAGGCAGAGGAACGAGAACGUCUUGGAUAGAUGUAGUCAGCAACUGCACGAGGAAUUAUAGCCGUCCUUGUUUAAGAAAUAUUUACAAUAGCGUAACAUCUCGCAUUAACUGAUACAGGUGACCAAAGCUAAGGACCUUUGGGAAGAAUGGCAACCAGUCUGUCGACAGAGGAAGAACAGGCUACUAAGCAGUUUCUGGAGGAAAUUACCAAGUGGACCACUCAGCAUGGAGUAUCCCCUCUGUCUUGGGACCUGGCUGUAAAGUUCCUCAUGGCACGCAAGUUUGAUGUCCUCCGAGCCAUUGAGCUCUUCCAUAAUUACAGGGAGACACGACUGAAAGAAGGCAUUGUCAGACUGCAGCCCCAGGAAGAACCCCUGCGCUCCGAGUUACUCAGUGGCAAAUUCACAGUGCUGAGUGUGCGAGACCCAUCUGGUGCCUCCAUAGCCCUGUACACUGCCAAGCUCCACCACCCCAAUAAAACUGGGAACCACGUGGUCCUGCAAGCUCUCUUUUACAUCCUGGACCGAGCAGUAGAGAGCUUUGAGACUCAAAGAAAUGGCCUAGUGUUCAUUUACGACAUGGCAGGAUCCAACUACACCAACUUUGAGCUUGACCUCAGCAAGAAGAUCCUCAAUUUACUGAAGGGUGCCUUCCCUGCCAGGCUGAAGAAAGUAUUGAUUGUGGGUGCCCCCGUGUGGUUCCGAGUCCCCUACAACCUGCUGAGUCUGCUGCUUAAGGACAAACUGAGGGAGAGGGUUCAGAUGGUAAAGAUGUCUGAUCUCCGCCAGUACCUCCCGAGGGACUGCCUCCCAGAGCACCUGGGGGGGCUGCUGCCUCUGGACGCCCCCGGCUGGAACCAGCAGCUUCUGGCCGGCCAGAACGGACACGUGGACCCCGUGGACGAACUCGUUGGCAUUCCUCUGGAGAAGUCGUCCGUUCACAUUCCAGGGCCCGAGGCCAUGAGUCUGGAGGAUCUCCGGGCCCACCUGGGCAGGCUGCAGCGCCCGGGGGUCCACCAUGAGUACGAGGAGCUCCGCACGGAAGCACCAUCCGGAACCUUCAACUGUGCCCUAACUUCAUACAACCAGGAGAGGAAUCGUUAUGGAGAUGUUCUGUGUCUUGAUCAAACGAGAGUUCGCCUUAAAGCCAGAAGAAAUGAGAGAUCAGACUACAUCAAUGCCAGCUUCAUGGAUGGCUACAAACAGAAGAAUGCAUACAUUGGCACUCAAGGUCCCUUGGAAAAGACGUAUGGUGAUUUCUGGAGGAUGGUUUGGGAGCAAAAUGUGCUUGUUAUCGUUAUGACAACAAGGACAGACGAAGGUGGCCGAAAGAAGUGUGGCCAGUAUUGGCCUAUAGAGGAGGGUGGCCAGGAGGUCUACGGUCACAUUGCUGUGGUCAACCAGAAAGUGGACAGCCACGCUCAUUACAAUCAGACCACUUUGGAAUUACACAACACCGAGACCUGUGAGGAAAGACGGGUGGACCACUUCCAGUACCUGAGCUGGCCGGACUAUGGAGUUCCUUCUUCAGCCGUGACACUCAUUGACUUCCUGUUGGCCGUGAAGCUCCAGCAGAGCAAAGCAGUCCGGACCAUGGGAGCUCAGUGGACGGGCCCCCCUCUCGGGUCCCCCAUGGUGGUCCACUGCAGCGCGGGGAUCGGCAGGACAGGUACAUUCUGUGCUCUGGACAUUUGUCUGUCCCAGCUACAGGACGUGGGCACUCUGAAUGUGAAACAGACUGUCCGGCUCAUGAGAACACAAAGAGCCUUCAGUAUCCAGACUCCAGACCAGUACUUCUUCUGCCACAACGCCAUUUUGGAGCACGCCCAGAGGCACGGCUUGUUUUCAGCCAACAAUUGAGGCCCUGAACCUCUCGCAUCGUUUCCUAACCAAUCAGUGUGAGCAGACGAGGCCUCCGGGACCAACUCAUUUCCCCCCUCCCCCCCUCCUUGAUAUCCCUUCUGGGUGGAGACAGAGCUGUGACCAAGAUCAAUGUUAGAUCAACAUGUUAGCAGCAGAUCUUUGCCAUGUUAGCAUCAGUUCCAUAUGCUGUGAUGGCAGUUCUCAAUGUUAAGGUUCAUUUAUUUUUUCCAAGAUUGUAGUUAGCGUUGUGACAUACUGCUCAGUAAUCACAUUGUGCAGUGUGGUAUAGGUGUGUGGCAGUUACUGAUAUGAACCGUAUGCAAAAUCCUUUCUAUCCCUAUAAAUAUGGACUAAGCAGAGAUGUUGGGCGGGGGAGGUGAACUCCAUUUUGAAGGACUUACAAGCAUCCCCAGCAUGUAAUGCCAGUGCAUUGUGCUUGAAGACUAUGACUGGGGUUGAGUAGCUUGUCAUUUGGACAUACAUUGUAAUAAGGAUGUGUGGUUGUUGCAAUACAAGCUUGUAACACGUUUCAAGUUUUCACCAAAAUCGAAAGAAAUUCCAUUCAGCUGUAUAUACAAAGGUCUGUUGUGACCUUUCAACACAUGGGUCACAAUAAAAGACAAUAGUUCAAAUAUAAAGAUGAUGAAGUUAUAUAAGGGUGUUAUGGUUCCUAUACUAGACCCUAAACUGGAAAUAAGACCGUUUUUUUCCCAGGCUAGUGUUGUGAUGACACACUGAAACAGCCUGACCUGUUGGUCGUCUCAAGAGGCCAGAGGCUGGACACCCGGGCCCCGGCCCUGUCCCACAGAGCAGGGGACACGGAAGACAUGGAAUACCAGCCAGCCUUGGGAUUCAUGCUGAACAAAGCAUACUCAUGCGUGUAGAGUAACUCAUAACCUGCCGUCCGUAUGUAAUGUUCAUUUUAUUCUGUAUAUGCAGAAAAGUCAUGGUCAUUUCGUCAUUUUUUAGUCAUGUAAAUGAGGUUUUAAAUCGUGUAAAUCCAUUGGUCAAAUGAGAUGGGAAACCUGAAUAAGCUUCUGUUUUGCCAAUGAAAUAUGGGACCAAUAUAUUCCAUGCCGAAGUUAUUUUUAGUUCAGCUUAGUAUGGCGGCGUUUGCUGAGACUAACUAUUGAAGCUGGUAGAUGGACAAAAUCAAAGUGAAUUGUAAAAAAGAUAUCUAAUAAUUAUAACCUUUUGUGAUCUUAACAGUUAACAUGUCAAUAGGGAUGAGGUAAACUAAAUGAUGUUUUCAACCUGUGUAUUUUAUUGUACUGAAAACCGCUUUAGUGUAAAACCUGAUGAUUGUGACAAGAAAAUUGUGUCACACUGCUUGAGUCCAAAACAGACCAAUCAGGCAGUCCCUGACCAGACAUCAAUAUAAUAUAUAUACUGUAUAUGACAUCAUUAUAAAUAUACACUACCCUAUCUUGUUCGCACUGAAACCAGACAGCAAGUCAUGUUUUCACUUUUCUUGUCAGAGUCUCACUAUUUCUCCUAGCACUGUAAUUGUGGGUAAAUGCUUAAAUUGCUUAAAUAACAAAAUUAACAAGAUAUUAAUAAGUAACUUCAAAUUUAUUUUGUUUGUAUGUGUUAAAGACUGCAGAAUCAUUGUCACAUAAACAUUAGUUCAUCAGAUUAUACAUCUGUCCAAAUUGUCUUUCUGUAUGCUUUAUAAUUCAGUUCUCUGCCUGUGAAUCAUUCGGUUAAAUGUAAAAGUAUGUGGAUACAUGCUCAGUAUACAGACACCUGCUUGUUGAACCUCUCCAUCUAAAAUCAUGGACAAUAUAUUGAAGCUCCUCCCCACUUCAGUAAUUGACUCCAAACCUUUUUACAUUUACUUUUACAUGAUGAGGGAUUUGGUUACCCUCAUACACAAUGAAUCUGCAAAAACAUGAAUGAAUGAAUCUGUGACUUGCCAGGCUGGUUCUAGUGUGACAAACGGUUGGAGCUUUUUAAUGUAUUUCUAAUGGAAACAUAUCCUGAAUUGUUGUUACAACAUUUUAGUAGAAACUCUCCCCCAAAAAGUGGAGGCAGUUACAGAAGCCAAAUAGAUAUCAACUCCAUAUUAAUGACCAAGAUUUUGGAAUGGGACGUUGUUAAAUACUGAGCAGACUGCAAACCUUUGGCCAUAUAGUGUAUAUGUUUAAUGACACAGCUGUAUUUUUGUCAUCUAUGUGGAUAUGAACACCCCUUAGUAUGUACUGUAUAUGUGACAUUUGCUAAUUUAGUCCUCUAGCAUAUGUUACAAAGUAAUGUAUGUUAAUUCUCAGUCAUUAUUUCGGAACGUGGUUGUAGUACAUUCAUUUUAAAGUCCCGGUAGUGAAUGACAUCAAAUGUGGUGCAGCUGGUUACCAGUCCAAUACUACAUUGAUUUGCUGAAAUAUGCUGGUCCAAUUGCAACAGCUUUUCCCUUUAUGCCUUCAGAGAUUACAUCAUGUGGGAAAUUCCAAGCAAGUGAAUGUUGCUAACUUGAUUGCUGUGAAAUUCACUUUUACGGUUAUCUAAUGAAUGUUUUGAUACUGAUUCCAACAAUUGUCAUAAUAAUUACUUAAUGUUGUCAUUCCCAUUACUGUACAGCGCCAGUACAUAGAACAUGUCAUGUUUUCAGUUGUUGGGUUGAAGUGGGCUCUUUGCUACUGAAUUCAUAUUGAAUUUGCUUGUAGUGAAGCAGAUUAUGUUUGCUAUCUUCAUGCACUCAAUAAUUGUAAGAUUAUCACUCUUAAUUAUGGACACAUAGUCUGACCAAUAGUAUUUUUUCUAUUGUAUUCAACUAUUUUUUCAAGUAAACAUUCUAUUUGCAGUAGUACAAGUAUGAUUGCAAGGAAAUCACUCAAGUAUGCUAUAUUAAAUGCCACUGUGUACAACAUCUGUGUUGCUUAUGGUAUUUUUUCUAAACUGAUUCUUUAUUAACAUUUGAUUUUAUAACAACAUUGCAAAUUUUUUCCAAUGCAGGUUACACUGCAAAUGGC